AUGGCUAGUCAUGUCACACAUCAAAUCCAUCCUCCCUCCAACCUAGACCCCUCCCAGUUCGCAUACAGAGCCAAGCGAUCUACAGAGGACGCAAUCUACUCAGCCCUGCACCCAGCCCUCACCCAUCUGGACAAGAAGGACUCAUAUGUGAGAAUGCUGUUCAUAGACUUCAGUUCAGCGUUCAACACCAUAACACCUCAACAGCUCAUCUGCAAACUAGACAAACUGGGGCUCAGCACCUCCCUUUGCAACUGGCUGUUGGACUUCCUCACCCAGAGGCCACAAGCAGUCCGUGUUGGCAACAACAGUGUUGGCUCCCCAAGGCUGUGUGCUCGAACAGCUGUCAACUCCCAAACAGGUGUUUGUACUCCAGCAGGAGGAAUCAUCACCAGUCUCAUCGUGUUGCUGUCGCUCGCGUUCCUCAUGCCGGCCUUCUACUACAUCCCUAAAGCUUCUCUGGCUGCAGUCAUCAUCUGCGCCGUGGCUCCUCUGCUGGAUUACCGCACGGUGGUCCAGAUGUGGCGGAUACACAGGUUGGACUUGCUGCCGUUCUCCGUGACGUUUCUGAUGAGCUUCUGGCAGGUGCAGUGGGGCAUCUUGGGAGGCGUGGCCAUGUCUGGAGCACUGCUGCUGUACGACACAGCCCGACCCAAAAUACAGGUUUCUGAUGGCGGUGUGCUGCUGAUGGAACCGAACAGUGGACUUAGUUUUCCCGCCACUGACUUUCUGUCCCGGCUCAUCCACACUCGAGCUCUGCAGGCGUCUCGUCCACGCUCGGCGGUCCUGGACUGUCGUCAUGUCAGCGUCAUCGAUUACACGGUGGUGCACGAGCUCCGGGACCUGCUCAGGCAGUUCAGACUGCGCGGCGUGCAGCUCGUCUUCUGCAGGCUGCAGCCUCACGUUCUGGAUGUUCUUCUAGCAGCUGAUCUUCAGGGAUUCAGAUACACAAACGACAUGGACACGGCACAGCGCAUGACCUCUGAUGACCUUUUAUAAGACUGAAGCAGCAUUUAAAGGACGUACUGCAGUGGCGCACAAAGCUAAUGCUUGUGGUGCGUUGGUGAGGUCACAGCCUGGAGGCCUGGGGGCCUCUUUCUAGUUUUUGGGGACUCCAGGGUUGAUGCACUUUUCAGAUAUUGUUAUGGACAGAACUUGACUUUCGUGAUUUACACUACAACAUGACAACGCACGCACAAUUCAAGAUGGCGACCCCAGCAAGCGUGCGCAGCCGCAAAACAUAAUCGGUGUGUUUGGCACAUGGACAGGAUCAGAGACUGAACCUGGACAUCAGCAGAAAUUCACUUUGACAUAACUGGACUAAAAACGCCUUCAUGCGGCGCCCGAGGGUCAUCAAGAUCACAGGAAGUGGGUGUGGCAUUAACUUCCUGUGAGUAAACAAAAACACUUUGAAAUGUAAAUAGUGUGAUUAGAAAACAGGGUGUCUGACAUUUAACAGACUCCU